AUGGAACAAGUUUUACGUGGUAGUUUUGGUAAUUUAGCAAAACUUAUUAAAAAGCAUAAAAACUUAAAAAGAUAUAGUGCAUUAGUUACAUUAAAAAAUGGCCCUUUUGCCAGAGAAGUUAGGUAUUAUUCUGGUCUUAGAAAUAUUAAAUCUAGACAACCACUCUUGUUUCGUACUAAUCCUGUAAUUAUACCAAAAUGUGGAGUAGGAAUGUUAAUAGCUAAAGUUAUCAAAGGUGUAUUAAAAGUUAGAUAUUUGAUUUUUGGUGGAGUCCUAACCGGUGGAUUAACACUUCAAAAGGCUUUUGAAGAUUGGAAAAAUAAUGUUUUCGAUUUUAAAUGGCUCGAUGAAUAUUUACCAGAUACAGCACAAUGGAAUAACAUGAGAGUUUCAUUAAUCGCACUGAAGGACAAAGUUAAAGAUAAUGUCGAAAUGGAUCCUAGAUUAAAACAAUUAAUCGGUGCAAAAUAUAAAAAUUAUAAAGAAUGGUUUGACAAUCGUUUAGAUCAAGCUUUGGAAGCCGCCGAAAAAGCCAGCCUUGAAAAUCAUGAAAAACAACAACAACAACAAUCGACAAAAACGGAUAGUUACCAAAACGAGAUAAUAAGCAUGCAGUUAAAAUAUCAAAAAGAAUUAGAAAAAUUAGAAAAGGAAAAUAAAGAGCUUAGAAAACAAUUGCUUUUGAAACGUAGCAAAGUGACGUCGAAAGAAGUUAAAAAAUCACUCAUCGACAUGUAUUCGGAAGUACUAGACGAACUCAGCGAAUACGAUACAAGUUACAACAUACAAGAUCAUCUCCCGAGGGUUGUCGUGGUAGGAGAUCAAAGUUCUGGGAAAACGUCCGUUUUAGAAAUGAUAGCUCAAGCUAGAAUAUUUCCAAGAGGUGCCGGUGAAAUGAUGACUCGUUCUCCCGUCAAAGUCACUCUAUCCGAAGGACCCUAUCACAUAGCACAGUUUAAAGAUUCCGCAAGAGAAUUCGAUUUGACGAAGGAAAGCGAUUUGUCCGAAUUGAGGAGAGAAGUUGAAAUGAGAAUGAAAAGUAGCAUAAGAGAUGGUAAAACGGUGUCACAUGACGUCAUAUCAAUGAGCGUCAAAGGUCCAGGAUUGCAAAGGAUGGUUUUAGUCGAUUUGCCUGGAAUCAUAAGCACCGUGACGAAAGAUAUGGCAGGUGACACGAGAGAAGCCAUAAGGCAAAUGACUCAAACGUACAUGAGCAAUCCGAACGCGAUAAUUCUAUGCAUACAAGAUGGCGCCGUCGACGCGGAAAGAUCGAACGUAACGGAUUUGGUGUCGCAAGUCGAUCCUCAGGGUAAAAGAACGAUUUUCGUUCUUACCAAAGUCGACGUUGCAGAAGAAAAUUUAGCGGAUCCGAAUAGAAUUAGAAAAAUAUUAACCGGUAAAUUAUUUCCAAUGAAAGCGCUCGGAUAUUUUGCUGUCGUCACGGGACGUGGAAGGUCGGACGAUUCAAUUCAAGCGAUCAAAGAUUACGAAGAGAAAUUUUUCAGGAAUUCUAAACUUUUCAACGAUGGCAGCAUGGCUUUAUCCGCUCAAGUCACGACAAGGAAUUUAAGUUUGGCCGUUUCCGAAUGUUUUUGGAAAAUGGUGAGAGAAACCGUCGAACAACAAGCGGAUUCGUUUAAAGCGACUCGUUUCAAUUUGGAAGCCGAAUGGAAAAAUAAUUUUCCAAGGUUGCGCGAAUUGGAUCGAGACGAAUUGUUCGAAAGAGCAAGAGGAGAAAUACUUGACGAAAUUGUUAAUUUAUCCCAAGUGACUCCCGGUCAGUGGGAAGAAUUACUUUGGAAAAAACUCUGGGAAAAAUUUUCGUCUCACGUUUUCGAAAAUAUUUAUCUGGCAGCCGCGCAAUCGGGCGAUAUAGGUCAAUUUAAAACGAUCGUCGACAUAAGGUUGAGACAGUGGGCGGAAAAUGAACUCCCGCAAAAAUCCGUCGAAGUCGGUUGGGAAGCGCUCCAGGAAGAAUUUCGACAAUUUUUAGACAAGGCGAAAAAUUCAAAAGAUCACGACGAUCUUUUUGAUAAUUUAAAACAAGCCGUCGUCGACGAAGCUUUGGCGAGGCACACGUGGGAAGAUAAGGCUGCCGACAUGUUGAGGGGUAUUCAAUUGAAUUCGUUGGAAGAUAGGGCGGUGAGCGAAAAGCAACAAUGGGACACGGCCGUUAAAUUUUUAGAAACGAGCGUCAAGGAAAAAUUAAUAGAAACGGAAAAUACAUUAAACGAAAUGUUCGGGCCUGGUGCCAAAGACAGGUGGUUGUAUUGGUUAUCGAAAACUCCGGAGCAGAUAAAACGUAGCGCAGUUAAAAAUGAAUUAGAUAAAUUGUUAAAAAGUAAUUACAAUCACACGCCGACGUUGAGUUUCGAAGAGUUGACGACGAUUAGGAAAAAUUUACAAACGAUAGACAUCGAAGUCGAUGCGGAUUUCAUAAGGGAAACGUGGCAUCCGGUGUACAAGAGACAUUUUCUCAACAAGUCACGAGCCAAAGUCUACGAUUGCAGGAAAGCUUUUUACAUGUAUCAUCAAGGUCUCGAAUCGGAGGUCGAUUGCAGCGACGUAGUUUUAUUUUGGAGAAUACGGCAGGUUCUUAAGGUGACGUCGAACGCUUUGAGACAGCAGGUCAUGAACAGGGAAGCGAGGAGGUUGGAUAAGGAAAUAAAAGACAUUUUAGAGGAUUACAGUCAAGAUCAGAAGAAAAAGGAAAAAUUAUUGACCGGGAGACGAGUCACGUUAGCCGAAGAAUUGAAGCGAGUGCGUCAGAUACAAGAAAAAUUAGAAGAAUUUAUUCAAGCUCUUAAUAAGGAAAAAUGA